CUCCCCGGCGGAGGCGGGUCACGGUUUCCUGCCGGCUGCCUGAGAAGAGCUGCCAGUCUCCGCGGCGCAGGGUGAACACAGGGGGAGCAGGGUUGUCCGAGCGUACCGGGUCGGCAUGCAGUGAGGUUCGGCAGCCUGUACGGGAAGAACCGAGGGGAAAUGAGUAACAAGAUGGAGGGUUCAGCGGGACCAGGGGUCAGUGCGAACGGGUCGGUGGCGGCACCGAACACCCCAACGGGCUCCACCGUGACCCCAACGGGCUCCACCGUGACCCCAACGAGCUCCACCGUGACCCCACCUCAGUCCCCAGAAAAGCCGCCAGAAGAGCAGCAGUCGUCACUGACAGAUGUCACCGAUAUGUGGAUUAAAUUUGCCAAGACGUUCGCCGUCAUCCUGCCCAUUUACGUCUUGGGGUACCUGGAGUUCAGCUUCAGCUGGGUUCUGAUCGGGCUUGCCAUGUUUUUCUACUGGAGGAAGAACCACAUCAACAAAGACUACAGGAUAAACCGCGUCCUAGCCUUCCUGGAGCACGAGGACAAGGCAGUGAGGCAAAGUGUGUCUCCCACUGAGCUGCCGCCGUGGGUUCAUUAUCCAGAUGUGGAGAGGGUGGAGUGGCUGAAUAAGACGGUGAAGCAGAUGUGGCCGUUCAUCUGCCAGUUUCUGGACAAGCUGUUCAGAGAGACCAUCGAGCCGGCGGUGAAGGGAGCCAACCCUCAUCUCAGCACCUUCUGCUUCACCAAGAUUGACAUGGGCGACAAGCCGCUGAGAGUGAACGGGGUGAAGGUUUACACAGAGAACGUGGACAAGAGGCAGGUCAUCAUGGACCUGCAGAUCUGCUUUGUUGGGGCUACAGAAAUAGAUGUCGACAUCCAGAAAUACUACUGCCGAGCUGGAAUCAAGAGUAUACAGCUGGAUGGAGUGCUGAGGGUGGUGAUGGAGCCGCUGCUUGGGGACAUGCCUCUGAUCGGAGCCCUGUCCAUCUUUUUCCUCAAGAAACCUAUGCUGGAUAUCAAUUGGACAGGACUCACAAACAUGCUGGACAUUCCUGGAGUCAAUGGCUUGUGUAAUGGCAUCAUUCAGGACAUCAUCUCCGGCCAGAUGGUUCUGCCCAACAGCAUCAAAAUCCCUCUGGUGGACGCAACAGAGAUGGCUCGCCUGCGCUUCCCCAUGCCCAAGGGCGUCCUAAGGCUCCACUUCAUCGAGGCGCAGAACCUGCUGAGUAAGGACACCUACAUGAAGGGGCUGAUCAAAGGCAAGUCCGACCCGUACGGCAUCAUCCAGAUCGGGACCCAGGUCUUCAAGAGCAAAGUCAUCCGCGAGAACCUCAACCCAAAAUGGAACGAAGUGCAUGAGGCCCUGGUGUACGAACACUCAGGACGCAACGUGGAGAUUGAGCUGUUUGAUGAAGACACUGAUGAAGACGACUUCUUGGGAAGACUCUUGAUCGACUUGGCUCAGGUCCAGAAGGAGCAGAAGGUCGAUGAGUGGUUCAUGUUGGACGACGUGUCCACAGGAAGGCUGCACCUCAAACUGGAGUGGUUAUCUGUGCUGUCCACGCCUGAGAAGCUGGACCAGGCUCUGGUGAGCGUCAAAGCUGAUCGUGACCAGGCCAACGACGGCCUGGCGUCCGCGCUGCUCGUCGUCUUCCUCGAUUCAGCCAGAAGUCUCCCAAGCGUCUUUGAGGGGAACUUGGGCUCUGGCUACUUGAAAGAGAGGCGGGCGGCGGGCCUCGUGUUUUGCGAGAACACCGCCUCCCUCUAUCGGACCCUCUUUCGCAAUCCGUUAGAGUUCAACCAAGCGGGGCUGAAGCUGGCCUCGGUCAAUAAAGCCAUCAAGUCUGGGAAAAAGGUGACCAGCGAUCCCAGUCCGUUUGUCCAUUUCAGAGUGGGGCACAAGUCGUUCGACAGCAAGACCAGAUACAAGACCACUGUGCCGGUGUGGGAGGAAUCCUUCACUUUCCUCAUCCACAAUCCCAAGGUCCAGGUGUUGGAAGUGGAGGUGAAGGACGAGCGGCACGAUUGUUCUUUGGGCACGUUAUCGAUGCCUCUGGCCAGUCUGCUGACGGCCGAAAACAUGACACUGAACAAGCGCUUUCCCCUCAAGAGCUCAGGAGCAGACUGCACCCUCAAGAUGAAGAUAGCUCUGCGGGUUUUGUGCCUGGACAAGAACUUAUCCUCCCCCUCAGAUGCUGUGCCAUCCUCGGUGCAGGUCCGCAAGGCCAGUUCCGUUAACCCGAUCCCACAGCCAACAUCAACCCAAUCCGUGUCCUCUGACCCCCCUAAACCUCCUGCCUCCACCGAAAUCCCCCGCUCUGCCACCGCGUCAGCCCAGGACCUGCUGAAGCGACAGAAGCAGGCAGAGGAGUCGACUCGGCCCCUGGGAGCCACUGACUUAGGGCAGGGAGUCGGGGCAAAGGGAGGAGCAGGAGUGGGAAAGAGCCUGGCGGACACGGGGAGGAGCACCUCUAACCUGGCCAUAUCAGGGUCACAGCAGUACUUGGCCGGAGGCAAAGAGCCAACGCCCAGCAUCGCGUCAGACAUCUCUAACCCCUACGCUGCCCAGGAGCUGCAGCAGAGGCUCCAACACCUGCAGAAUGGUUCUGGACCCGGCCACGUCCCUCUGGGGGAGGUCCAGCUGACGGUCAGACACAGCUCCCAGAGGAACAAACUUGUGGUAGUCGUGCUUCAAUGCAGAAACCUGCUAGCGUUCUCAGAUCACGGCUCCGACCCGUACGUCCGCCUCUACCUGCUCCCUGACAAACGCAGGUCGGGCAGAAGGAAAACUCACACGAUGAAGAAAAACCUCCACCCGGUUUUUGAUCAGACGUUUGAGUUUAACGUUUCCCUGGUGGAGCUUCACAGACGGACCCUGGAUGUGGCUGUGAAGAACGGUGGAGGCCUGCUGUCCAAACAUAAAGGCCUCCUGGGAAAGGUUCUGAUUGAUUUGACGCAUGAGGACAUCACCUCCUGCGGCUGGACACAGUGGCACGAGCUGAGCACCGACGGCCUGAUGAAGCCUCUCCAGCUGUAGACGCCGGCCGUCGUCGCGCCGCCACAUUAUACACUUCACUUAUCAGCACGAGGAACCGGAAAAGCAGCUUUUCACAUCCAUUUACUCACACCAGUCGCAAGCCAAACCGCCCCUUUAAGAAGUGAGUGAGAGCGAUGGAGGAAAGGAAGAAUGUGUAGAACAGUAAAGUACCGCAUAUUUAUAGAAGUAUAUCGAUGUAUAAGUGUGUAAAUACUGUAAAAUGAUGACAGACAGAGAUCCCUGGUCUCCAAAGAUUGCUGGAAGAUUUGUCGUAUUUGAUUUGAUGUCUUUAUUUUUUUUUAUAAAAGCAUUGUGGGAAAGGUUUUGUGAAGCAGAGCUGGUGGUUGGGUGCAUGAACGAAAAGAUGCCACCAAAGAGACGAGCGUUUUAUAUUUUACCCCUGUGGGCUUUGGUAUCACAGCUAUACUCGGCUUUGUUUCACUCAAACACUGAGUAAAAACCAAGGUGAAAGAACUUUAAAUAGUAUAUUCUCUGUGUUGGCCUGAAGUGAAGCCACUGCAGCUUCUCACCUGAUUGUUUUUUUAAACUGACUGUGUCUGAAUAUUUGCACAUCUGUUUUUUUAUCUGCUGGGGAUCAUUUGUACUCUUGGUAAGUUGCAAUUUAAGCUGUUGAACCCAGAAUGAAUGUUAUCGAGCUUCUCAUUCCUUGAAAUUCAGCUGCAUUCAACCCACAGUUUGUCAUUUCCUGAAGCUGCCUGUGCAGAUGUUUGACGCUCUCUGGUGGUGACGACGGGAGAAGCUUUUAUUCUGAAAAUCACACCUCCAAGCAUACGUUUCUCACAUUUCCCUGCUUUUAACGUGACAAACUAAUUAAUUUAAAGACAGCACUAGAUCAAGAUUAAGAUUACACAGCUGGACAAUCACUGACAAGACUGGGCUGAAUUCAUUCAGACAUGAGCUACAUAAGAACUAUUCAAAAGAUACUUUAAUCCAAGAAAGAAUGUCAAACUCUGCACUUGUUGGCUUUAAAAAGUGAGAAAAUUAGAAACAUUUCUGCUUUAUUAUGUAGAAAUUAUGUGUAAAAUGAUGUUUUCCUAAUGAUGACUUUUUUCAUUUCAAUCAACAUUAGUCUUAAUUUGCAAUGAAGUGUAAUUUUCAACUCGUUGCUCUGUGAUGCAAAAUAUUGGACAGUUUCUCUGAUGCAGCUUUAGGCCAGAAGGGACUCAUCAGUAACCACCACAGUCCUAAAGCAGCACCAGCGUUCUGUCCCCACAGACGAGUGAGGUCUACUGUUUUACAUGCGUGUGUGUGUAAACGUUCUACGUGUGCUCUGUCGUCUUCGCUGUGUUGCUGUUCGUGUCCACGCUGUUGGGAAUCCUCUGAGAGGUGGUUCCUCGUCUCCGUCUCCUUAAUUUAUCUUGUGCCUUAAAUCUCACACGACCCAGAGACAUUUACAAAGAGAACCAAGAAAUCGUGUUUAAGAAUGAAUCCUACAUGUCAAAUAAAGAGCUUUUAGCUGGCUUGAGCAGCAUGAAGCUGUACAGCA